AUGCAGACAUUCUUGGAUUGUGUUUCGCCAGUUUUAUAUUCUGAGGAGUUCAAAAUGGCGGAAAAGACUGAUAUCGAGGCCAUCCUCAAGAGCCUCACGCUCGAGGAAAAGAUUAGGCUUCUUGCUGGCCGCAACUUUGUCGAAACCGGCGAUGUCCCUGAGAAGGGCGUCCCGGCAAUCAAGACUACCGAUGGCCCCAACGGUACCCGCGGUGCCGCAAUUGACGGCUCAACGAAAGCCGCUUGCUUCCCUGCCGCCUGCAGCAUAGCGGCGACUUUUGACCGCACAAUCGCUCGCAAAGUAGGCUACGCCCUCGCUCAGGAAUCCAAGGCAAAGGGCGCGCGAUGCCUCCUGGCACCGACGGUCUGCAUUCAUCGCCACCCCCUCGGUGGACGUAAUUUUGAAAGCUAUAGCGAGGACCCGUUCCUGGCUGGUAAACUCGCCUCAGAGAUGAUUCAGGGGUGCCAGUCUUUGGGUGUUUCUGCAACGAUUAAGCACUUCGUGGCCAACGAGCAGGAGACUGCGAGAACUACUGUCGACGAGACCAUCUCUGAGCGUGCCUUGAGGGAGAUUUACCUCAAGCCGUUUGAGAUUGCAGUCAAGGAGGCGAAGCCGUGGGCCAUCAUGUCUGCGUACAAUCUCAUCAACGGAAAGCACUGCGAUUCAAACGAGUGGCUGUUGAAGGAAGUGCUCAGGGGAGAAUGGGGAUGGAAAGGCUUGGUGAUGAGUGAUUGGGGUGGCACGAACUCGGUUGCGGAGGGCAUCAAGGCGGGACUGGAUAUCGAGAUGCCCGGUCCGCCGAGGAUACGAAAGACUGCUGCCGUGUUGGACGCGGUGAAGAAUGGCGAGGUCUCUGAGAGCGACAUUGACGAGAGGGUGCGGACGAUCUUGGAGUGGACUGAGCAGUUGAACGGGUUCAAGGACCCGACCAUCACCGUUGAGAAGGCUAUCGAUCGCCCCGAGCACCGGGCUCUUAUCCGCGACGCGGGAGCCAGGGGUAUUGUUCUUCUCAAGAAUGAAGGCAGCAUUCUGCCAUUAACCAAGGAGAAGGUUAAGGGAAAGAAGAUUGCUCUGAUCGGAUAUGCCAAGGAUGGUCUUGCGCACGGCGGUGGAAGUGCCAGCGUCAACGCGCACUACCGUCUCCCUCCCUGGGAUGCGCUGCACGCUGCAUUCGGUUCCGACGUCGAAUUCACAUAUGCCAAGGGCGCACACAAGGAACGUCUCCUCCCGCCAAUCAGCCCGGAAGGCAAGGUUGGCAAGAUUGUUGGCCUUGACGGAAAACCCGGCUUCAGCAGACUCUUCUACGACUUCCACGGCAAGGAGGGCGAUGAGCCCGUCUCCGUAUUGCACAGCUACCCCAACUCCGCCUACUCACCCUUGGGAUCCCAAGAAUCGAUGUGGAAGACGCUCGACAUCGUUGGUGACUUCACACCCUCUGAGACAGGAACACAUUACAUCGCCUGCUCCGGAAUUGGCCCCACGCAGGUCUUCGUUGACGACGAGAUCGUCUUCGAGCAGAAAGGAAACUGCGCCGAUCCCAUGGGCGCUCUAUUCCUCGCUGCCAAUGAGCCGGAAAUCAAGCACGCUUUCGAAGCUGGCAAGACCUAUCGUCUUCGCAUCCACAGCAAGCCUCCCAGCAAGAUUGGCCUGGAGAUCCUGGAGGGCAGGACAGGCGUGCGGAUGGGCUUCGCGCUUGAAUCAGACCACGACGCAGACCUGCAGGGCGAGGCCGCCCGGGUUGCCGCCGAGGCAGACUUUGCUAUCGUGUUCACUGGACAUGACCCGCAGUGGGAGACGGAGGGUAGAGACCAGGAGUCGUUCCAUCUGCCGUGCGACCAGGAUGGUCUGAUCGAUGUUGUGUCCAAGGCGAACAAGAACACCAUCGUCGUCAACUCAACGGGUGUUGCCGUCGCGAUGCCCUGGCUCAGCAAGAUCUCCGCACUGGCUCAGUCCUGGUUCCCCGGUCAGGAGUGCGGCAACGCCAUCGCAGAUGUCUUGACGGGAGUUGUCAACCCUGAAGGAAAGCUGCCUACAAGUUUCCCGGCUCGGGUUGAGGAUGCCCCUGCUCACGGAAACUUCCCCGGUGAGCGCGUCGACGGACAGUUGAAGGUCACAUAUGAAGAGGGCGUGUUUGUUGGAUACAGACACUACGACCGGGUGGACAAGUCCAAGCUCAACUUCCCCUUCGGAUACGGACUGUCGUACACGAGCUUUUCCCACACUGACUUUGCCGUCACUCAGAAGGGCAGCGAUGAGUUCGUGGUUACAGUCGACGUCGCCAACACUGGUGCACUGGCGGGCGGCACCGUAGUCCAGGUUUACGCAGGCAAGGCAGAGACCAAAUCGGACUCGCCUGUCAAGGUCCUAGUCGCCUUUGACAAGGUGCGUCUUGAGCCUGGUGAGAAGAAGACCGUGCAAUUGCCGGUUACGGCAAAGGAUUUUGCGUCAUUUGACGAGGCUGCCAGGGAAUGGGUCGUUGAAGCUGGAGAAUACAACUUCGUUCUCGGUGAGUCGGCGGCAGAGGCGCUGGCUGUUGUGCCCGUGGCAGUGCAACGGAUCACGUACCGGCGGUAA